AUGACCGACACCUUACGAAGGCACUCUGCCGAAGUGCAGGACGCGGGCUCGGCACGGCUGUCUGCGUCGAUCCGGCUGCGACCCGUGACGGUGCGCUUCACCGAGCCGGGCGUGCGCGAUCUUUCGCUGCUGCUGCACUCGCUCAUUUCGCUGCGUUCCGUCCCAAGCGCCGGCCCUGCAUCUCGUGGAGAUGUGCUGUUCGACGCUGCAGACUCGCAGGUAGUCGAGGAGCCGCACGCAGCACCCGCCGCGAGCGAGGUCAUGGCGCUGCUGGCCGAGACCGGGCUGAUGGGCGACGAACGCGUGCGGGCGAUCAAGGCGCACAUGGAGGCCGUCCGCGACGGUGUGGCAGGCAGACGGCUACGGCUGAUCCAUGCGGGACGUAUGCUGCGCGACGGUGUCGGCCUCGUGGGUUAUCUCGACGAGCUCGAUGCGCGAACCCGCGCCCAAACGCGGCAGGGACUUCGACACCUCGCGCUCGAUAAACACGCCCGCCGUGGAACGGCACUCGAUGCAGAGAGCAGCGCAGAGAGCAGCAACGACGAGCAGCAAGACGAAGAGGAGGACGAGCGGGUUGAGAGAAGAGAGAUGAGCGUACGCCAACUCGUUGAUUGGCUUACGGAUCUGCAGUCGCAUCAACAUUCCGUCGACAGCAUGGAUGGUGCGUCAGCGAGGAGCUCGGGCAAGGGCAAGGGCAAGGCACGGGAGCCGGUGUGGUACGACGAGGUUGUGCGUGUGGUGAUCCGCACCGCUGCACCUGUCUACCUUCAGUGCUCUGUCGGCGACCUCAUCCCGCCCUCCUCCUCGCCUCCUGCGCUCAUCGAGCCCGCGAAUCCAUGCAUCGAUACGGACGCGGACGAGGGAGAGGAGCGACGCGGCUUCAAUCGUCUCCUGGACGCGGGCCUUUCGGCGGAGGAAGUGGCAGAGAUGCGUGCACAGUUCCAGCAGACGCAGCGCGUGGAUGCGUACGACCUGAUCCGCUCCCGCGAGCACGCCGCGCACCUGCUCGAGCUCGAGGAAUCCUGGAUGGACAGCUUUGGCACUGCUGCGCCGGCCGAAGAAGCCUCGGCGUCCUACACCUCGGUGAUGCACGGUCUGCUCGUCGGCUUCUUCCUCCCGCCCCUCAUCCCGCUGUUCUGGUUCCGAGACCGUCCACACCCCAGCAGCAUCCCCACCUCUAUAGCGCCCGACACCGACGACCUGGACGACGAACAAAGCGCUGCUGCAGAGCACCACGCCCUCACGCGCGAAAACGUCUUCUCCACCACAAUGCAAAUCGCCAUCCUGUGCGGCAUCAUCGCAAAGUAA